AUGCAGCUCCUCCUGUCGCUGCUGCGACUGCCGCAGGAGGAUAUCAACGAGGCCUUCCACUCGGGGACUGUCGGACUGCGCACGUUGCAGCGUGUCAUCUACCCCAACAUCACGCCGGAGGAGCUGCACGUGGAUCAGAUGGACCCGCUUAGCUUUAUUGGGAACUGUCCCAUCAAGCCCGCGAACUUCAUCUAUCGGAAUGUGAUCCGCACGAUGUGUCUACUACUUGCUCACCAUGAGAUGGGCCCUAGGGUGCAGCAAGCCAUCACCCCGAGCAACGUGGUUCCGACGUGCCUCUUCGCCUUGUCUGGAUGCGAGGACACCUACGUGCAGGUGUAUGGUUUCCUGCUGGUCGCGAACUUCUCCCGGGACAGGAGCCUGCUCUACAACUUCCUCAACGAGUCUGGCGUGAUCAACGAGCUGCUCACGACGAUCAGGCGAGCCGGGCCCAGCGCGAGCCAGCCCGAGGAGCAGGUUCCAGUCAAGGACAAGCUCGCAACCGUGACCGGACCAUGGAGCAGCGUCGCCGUCUCGCGGAACCGCUUCAUGCUGGCCAUGUCGGCUCUGACAAACUUUGCAGAGCGCGUCAAGGAGAAGUACCGUGGCGACGAUGGGGAGAUCCCUGUGAAUCCAGACAUGAAGGAUGACGGUGGCCUCGUGAUCUCCAACCGAAUUACACUGAACAAGCUGACGUCCAAUUGCUUGCGAGACCUGGACACCUCGGGCAUGGAGAGAAGGCUUGCCGAGAUGACGCCGACAGAGGAGUUCAUCUCCAUGCUUCGCGUCCUGAUCGCGGCGAACAACUUCACUGCCAAAGUGGAGCUCGAGGAUCCCGGGCGCGGUGGCGAGGUUAAGCUGGAAGCGAUGGACACCUCGUACGUGAACCUCCUCGGCGACGACAGGAAAGCCAAAGAUGCCUUGGUCCUACAGCCAUUGCGCCACGACUUCCGGAGCUUGGGUAUCCUCCACAGCAAGACGACGGGAAUGCUUGAGGUGAUCAAGCAGUGCAUGGCCGCCGGGCAGGCCCCUUCCCUGAUGUCGGUGAUCGUGGAGUGUCUGACUGGCCUCACCUUUCUCAGCCCGCUGAGCAUCCGGGCGCCGCUGACCGCGUACAGGAUCUCCCAGGGCUGUCCCGAGUGGCUGCAGCCAAGUCUCAUGGCGCUCAUCGCCAACUCCCUGGCGGAUCCUGCCCGAAUCAAGCAAUUCGACGAGGAAGAGCCUGAGUGUAUGAUCCGCGCGAGAUCGGACUACCUCUUUCCCAUGCUUGCCACCUCCACGCUGGAGAUUCGGCAGAAGGUCUUGGGAGUCUUGGCGAAUGCCGCAGCGCAAGACGAUCUGCUUGAAUUCAUCGUGAACUCCGGGGUCUUCCGAACUUGCAAGGCGAUCCCGGGCAAGGGCUGGUUCGUGGAGCACUUCGCUUUGAUGAUCGAGCUGACGCGCAUGCUCACGAACCUGACCUGUCGCCCGAACACGCACGAGGCUGUUAUGACGCCGGAUACGAUGGCUUUCCUCCGCGACGUGCUUCGUCACUGUGCUGUGCUCUUCCACACAGUACAGCUGGACAAGGAGAACAAGGAUGAAGACAAGUACGACUACUAUGAGGUGUUCUUCGAUCACGAAGAUGCACCACCGCUUGGCUUGAGGAUCCGUUGGGAGCUUCCGCCGCAGCUGACGGAGGUCCUGCCCAACACCCCGGCAGCACGCGCCGGUGAAGAGCUCCGCCCCGGAGACCAACUCGUCGAGGUGAAUGGAAAAGAUGUGACAGAACUGGAACAAGGCGACAUCGCCCCGAUGUUUGAAGCGCGGCCGCUGAAGCUGCUCUUCCGCCGAAAGCCGGAGCCUGUCGAGGUGACGGCUCUUGAAAGCGCACAGAAGGGAUUCUGGGGCGGCCUUAGCGCAGAUGCUGUUGGACUUCACAUUCCGGUCGUGAUUGACGAGACCAACAUGAAGAUCGUGGGGAACAUUCGUGUGGAGCAAGUUUCCAAGGUUUCGGCUUAUGGCGACUCUGCUCAAUACCUGGAGUGCUUCAACCUGGCGGUUCUGGUCGUGCACAACCUGGCCGUGCAGGCGAGCAACUUGGAGCUGCUCCACAGCGAGCCACGCAUUCUCAUGACCCUCUUGGAGGUCGGGAAGGGGAGCCGCUUUCAGGUCAUGCCGGCAGAUGCCACAUCACCAUCACUUCGUCGACUGAUCUUCUCGACGCUGACCUGCCUCUGCCAGGAGAGAGCAGUGUCAGGUCGGAUUUUCCAUGCCAUGGCAGAAUACUUCCAGAACUGCCAGAAGACGGACGCAUCGCUCCAUAAGUACAUCAUGUGUUCCUUGGUCUUCGGGGUUUAG